UUGUCGCAAGCCUCGUUGAGCUACACAAGUCGCCUCCUUCCAUGCACUCCACCGCUCGAAGUCGCCAGCCCAUGGCGACCGCCGCCAGCCGAGACGACUCCGACCACGACAGCAGCUGCUCUUCCUUCAGCACCGCCCUCGACUCCCGCCGGAGUUGGAUCAGCGACGUCAGCUUCGGCAGCUCCAGCUCCGUCUCCGUCCGCUCCUACUGCGGCGCCAACGGAGGCGACGGCGCCGGGCACCACCAGCAGCAGCUGCUGAAGCCCCACAAGGCCAACCAGGCCGAGUGGGAAGCCAUCCGGCGCCUCCGCGCCGCUUCUGGCCACGUCCGCCUCGACCACUUCCGCAUCGUGCGCCGCCUCGGGAGCGGCGACCUCGGCAACGUUUAUCUCUGCCAGCUCCGCGACCCUCGCUCCCCGGGCUGCCUCUACGCCAUGAAGGUUGUCGACCGUGAGGCGCUCGCCUUCCGCAAGAAGCUGCAGCGCGCGGAGACUGAGAAGGAGAUCCUCCGCUCGCUCGACCACCCCUUCCUCCCCACUCUCUACGCCGACUUCGACGCCGCCCACUACUCUUGCCUUGUCAUGGAGUUCUGCCCCGGCGGCGACCUGCACGUGGCCCGCCAGCGCCAACCCGGGCGCCGCUUCAGCAUCUCCUCUGCCAAGUUUUAUGCUGCGGAGACGCUCUUAGCGCUGGAGUACCUCCACAUGAUGGGGGUGGUGUACAGGGACCUGAAGCCGGAGAACGUGCUCGUGAGGGACGACGGCCACAUCAUGCUCUCCGACUUCGACCUCUCCCUCAAGUGCGACGUCGUCCCCAAGCUCAUGAUGCAGAGGCUCAGCAGCAAGCUCGCGGCCAAGAACGCCAAAGGCUCCAGCUCCUCCUGCGUGCCGCCCAUGCAGCCUGUGCUCUCCUGCUUCUACGGCGGCGGCGGCAGCAACGCCAACAAAUGCGGCAAGAGGGCGAAAACCGAGGACGACGACGACGACUACGACGACGCGGACGAUCAGGAGCUCGACCCAGAGCUCGUCGCAGAGCCCAUCGCCGCGCGGUCGAAGUCGUUCGUGGGCACACACGAGUACCUCGCCCCGGAGGUAAUCUCUGGCGCCGGCCACGGCAGCGCCGUCGACUGGUGGGCCCUCGGGGUGUUCAUCUACGAGAUGAUCUACGGCAGGACGCCGUUCAAAGGCGAGGACAACGAGAAGACCCUCAUCAACAUCAUCAAGCAGCCGCUUGGCUUCCCCAAGGCGGCGGCAGCAGCAGGCAAGGAGUUGGAAGAGCUGUCGAGAGCUCAAGACCUGAUAUGCAAGCUCCUGGUGAAGAACCCCAAGAAGAGGAUCGGGAGCAUGAAGGGCUCUGCCGAGAUCAAGAAGCAUGAGUUCUUCAAGGGUGUCAACUGGGCUCUUAUUAGGUCAGUGAGGCCACCUGAGGUCCCCAGAGACUCUCGGAGAGGAAGGAGCAGAGCCCCAGCGGUAGCUCAAAAGCUAAGCAAGAAGGCCAGGGAUGAGCCAUACCACAUCCCUCACCACAUCGAUUACUUUUGAGUGCUAGCUUUUAGUGUACAUACUAGAAGGAACCAAUAAGCUGUGGACUAAGCUAGAAGAAAGACUCCCUUUCGUGGCCAUGACUUGGGUUGAUAUCAUUUCGGUCUCACCUUUUCCCUCUCCGUGAACUCGUAGUCUUUUCCUUGCCAUCGUUCUGGUCUCGCUUUUGGUGUCUGUAAGCAUUUAAUCUUUUCUGUUUGACUAUGAGAAAGGAGUGACAAAUCUUAUUGUAUGAAAAGUGUUGUUCCGAAAGGAAACAAAAAUCUCGCCUGCA